AUGCCGUCCGUGGGGACGAGGAGCUCAACCCGGGUAUUUGUGCCCAAGAACAUCUCUAAGGUGCCUCCGGAUGACACGGCGUCGAGGGUGCUGAGGUCUGGCAAGCGGUUGGCGUUGUCGAAGCCCGUCGGAAAAAAGGCAGCUAGCGAUGGUGAUGGGGAUGCAGACGACUGGGCGAUCAUGGAGAGAGAGGACGCGAACUGGUGGAAGGGAGGGAAGGGAUCUGCAGAGAAUCACAGAGAGGAACAAGGCCGUGGGGUGAAGGUCAGAUGGCGCGCCUCGGAGGAAAGAAAAUUGAAAGCCGAUUAUCAGGGGAAGGAAAUUCCGACGUACGUUCUGAACGAGAAUGUUGGAUCUUCUUCUUUGCAGGAGAAGUCUUAUGGGAUCUUUUACAGUAGGAAGCGGCGGAGACUGCAGUCAUUUGGUCAGGAUUCGGCAUCCUCUGUGUCGCCGGCGAAGGAUGCCAAAGAUGGAUUGACCUUAUUAUCUGAUGGAUCGAUUCCGUUGUCAACUGAAUUAGGUGACCGGGACUCAAGUGGCUCUCGAUAUGGUGUUUUCUUUGUUCGUAAACAUCUCAUGAAGAGGUCAAAGUUGCCGAAAUCAGAGUUCCCAGAGAAAGGGAUUGUAACGUCAAAAACUGCUCGUGGCUUUGCGCGUAACUUGGGGAUUUCAGGCAGGGAUCCAUGGCUUGGAUCUGUUGGCAACAUGGUCCUGGUUAUCCACAGACAGCUAACUAUCAAUGCCAAUUCUUACCAAUUCACUAGCCUUAUUCUUUCCCUACUGACUGGAAUGACGAAGAAAAAUGUUAGUUUAUUCGAAUGCGCUGCGUUUUUGUCUUCCAGAGCGGUAGCCAGGGUUUUCUCUUCACAUGGGAUCGACUUCUUACCAGUCAGGGGCUGGAAAAAUGUAAGUUUCCUCUUUAUAUGCCAUAUUUAUUGAUUGAUUUUUCCAAUGUAGCAUAGCUGCUCCACCACAGAUGAAAUAAAUUCGCGCUCUCUGUUAUCAGGAAUUUUCAGACAAAAGUGCGGUAGCUGAUGCUGGAGUUUGCAUCAUCUUUGGUGUUCGUCAGUUGAUUCCCUUGGUCAGCGUGAACUUUUCCGCUCUGCCUUUGUUUUUCACGAGCUUGCAUCUGGGUUUGUUUGUCAGUUCCUUACGUAUGUCAAGUGCCCUUGCUACGGCUGAUGUGGAAGUGAGUGUAGAGGAGCGCCGUUUGCGCAUCUCAAAUAUUCAUGAAGAGGCACGUAGGUUUAGGGAGGCUAUAUGCUUUGAAAGGCAUGCUCGCCAGGAGUCAGUCGCUGUCACCGGAUCUCCCGAGACACCUUCCAUAAGUGUACCUGUGGUCAGUGAUGUAAGAUUUCAAAAGCAUCAAAGGAGGAGUUCCAAGAGGUCUGGCAGAGCUUCCAGUCGUUCUGGCAGAGUUUCUAGUCGUUCUUUACUCAGAUACCGUAGAAAAAGUUCCGUUGAUAGGCAGAAUAGUAUCAUGAGAAUGGAUACAGAUUCCAAAGUUCGUUCUAUACAUGAUAAUUAUGUGGUUGUGCCUGUUCACCAGAAAAGGAGGAAAGGCACGAGUAGGAACUCUAUUCAGGUGAUAAAGGAACUGAAGUCUGCUUUGUCAGAGGCUGAGCAGAAUGUUGGCAUACUGAGUUGCACUGCAAAUAUUCUAGUCAUCGAGUCUGAUAGAUGUUGGAGGGAGGAGGGGGCCAAGGUUAUGUUGGAGCUAUCAAGCUCUAACAAGUGGUGCCUAGCAGUUAAAUUGGGGGACACCACCAGGUAUGUUCACAAGGCUCAGGAAGUCAAACCAAGUGCUACCAAUCGAUACACCCAUGCCAUGAUGUGGGCUGCAGAAACGGGUUGGAAGCUUGAAUUUUGUGAUAAGAAGGACUGGAAUGUGUUCAAGGAGCUGCACAGGGAAUGCUUUGAGCGUAAUAUGCAGGGGCUUCCUGUUAAAAUAAUACCAGUUCCUGGAGUGAGAGAGGUUCCUGGGUAUGAGGAGAGCUUUACUUCUUCCUUCUCACGCCCAGAUUCUUACAUCCGGAUGGUGGAUGAAGUUGAGAGGUUGCUUAGGAGUGAAAAUGCCUGUUAUGAUAUGGACUCUGGGGAUGAAGAAUGGCUUGAACAAAUGAAUUCGAAGUCUUUAAGCAAUAAUCCUGAGACCUCUGUUCCCAUUUCUCUGGAAGACUUUGAGAAGAUUAUAUCUGCUUUCGAAAAGGCGGCUUAUAGUCAUCCAGAAGGUGCUUUGGGACCAGAGAAGGCUGCUGAUCUUUGUCCCAAUCUUGGGAGCCGGGAUAUGGUUGUAUCUGCGUUUGAUUAUUGGACAAAGAAGAGGAAACAACGACGCUCUGCUCUGGUUAGGUUUUUUCAGGUAAAUUUCCUUUUUUUUCUAUUUACAUAUGGGCUUGUUUUUAUUUUUUCUUCUCUACUUGAGUUUUACUUAAGAAGUCCAUACGUUUCAUCAUUAUUUGCGUUUUUGCAAUAAUCACUUUCCUCCUCAUAUCCUUGGAAGUUGGGACUUGGGAAUUUGUUGAGCUUCUGUAUAAAUUAUAUGUGGGCAUAGCUGACUGCCAUAGCAAUUUCUCUUACCAAUUAUCGACUUAUCAACCUUGAAAUUGACAUCUCCACCGUGCUGUCUAAUGGUCAAUGCCCUUUGUCAACGGAUUUUAUUUUGAGAUGUUAUUAGACGGUAUUUAGUUUUUGCUCUUCUUCUCAGCUUCCAUCGAUUAUUAGUAUCCACCGCGCUGGCAACGUUUGCAUUUUUGUCAAAUAUAAUUUGGAAUCUGGAUGGUAACAUAAAUUCAUUUUGAAAAAAAAAGAGAGAGAUAUACACCCGUGUUGAAAGUGUUCUUUGAAUACUCUUUUGUUGGUGCCUCGUUUAUCUCACUUGUUCGGUGAAAAAUUAUUUGUGACAGGGACAACCGCCAAGGAAAACACAGCUGACUCAGAGUUCACUGUUACGGAAAAAACGAUCCUUUAAAAGGCAGGGAAGUCAUUCUGGAAGAGGGAAGCCUGAUAUAUUCUCAGAAGGUGCGUUCUUCAUGAAUAAACAAACUUUUCUUCCUGGUAGAAAUGAAAUGGUAUCUGAUAUUCCUUUGCAGCCGGAUGCGUGUUUUUUACUUAGAUUUUUCGUUCUCUAGUAGAUAGUUGCUGUCCUGUACCUUGGAUCAUUUCUCUCACUGUUUAUCUACUUAUUCACUGUUUCGUUUGAAAUCCUGUUCAGAUUUUCUGUCAUGGUGUUCCUUUUGAUUUACAUGACCUUGUAAAAUCGAGCAUAUUAAGUUAUUUUAUACCCAUACCCUGUGGCGAUUCCGGGGAGAUCCUUGUGCCGAUGGGUUGCACGGAUCUGAUCUGAGGCGUUAUAAUUUUUCUCAUGUCUCGCAUACUUGAUAUUCCUUUGCUAACUAUCAGUUUAUUCAGCCCAUGCUGCAUUAAGUUUGGUCUCUCGGUUUUUUAUUUUGUGCCAAAAGUUUCACCGAAACCAGCUUCGCUGGUUAUUUCUGGUUGGUUCCUACGAGUCAUCUAAAAAGAUAAAAAGAUAUCACCAUCCCCUUGACCAGGAGAAGGCCUCAAAAGCUCUUCAAAUAUAAUAACACAAUAUAUAGCAACAAAACACUAGUUAGAGAAAAACAAAAGCCAUUCAAAUCAGAGCCCAGAAAGAUUAACACGUGCACCUGGACAGUUAUUUGCCUCAUUUGCAUCGGUGUUUUUUCAAGAAAUUGGCUGUUUCGAUUCUAUCUUAUUCGAAAUUAUUGUCUGUAAAAGCCAUCUGUCGAGUAAAAAUAAAACAAAAAUGAAGUAUGUUUUCAUCUAGCCUCAUGUUUAUUUCUUAUUUUCUUGGGAAGCCAGCAUUCUCUGCAUAUACAUAGUCCUCUGUCCCCUGUUGGUUCCGUCUCUUUCUUGCUGUUGAUGAUCAGAUCUCUUUUUUUCCCCUUACCAAAAGCGGCUGGUGUCUUUGGGCAUCUUCUGUUCUUUGAGUUUCCUCUCUAACGUCUGGUCGUCUCCAUGCGAAGCCACCCCCUUCUGAUGUUCCUGUCAUUACCUCGUCUCUCGUUCCCUUGGUCUCCGCUGCUUUUUAUGUGAAGCUAAUGGGAUUCUUUCAGUAGGAGACGGACCAUUAUUAUCUAAAACCCGUUAUUAUUAUUAUUAUUAUUAUUAUUAUUAUUUCCAAAUAUGGACGUGCUUAAUCGAAUAGAUUUUAUCCACUGGGCGUGAUAAUUUGUUUCUCAUUUUCUGGCCUCGUGUUGCAGGUGCGGAUCAGGACGAGAUUCUCAAAGUCCAGGCAGCCGAAGAAAGAGCAAGCAGAGCAAUCAGUUCUGCCGUUCGGCUGCGCGCUCGGGCCCAGUUGCUCAUGACCAACGCCGACUGGGCGACGUUCAAGGCCGUGAUGGCUUCAAGGCUGGCAGAAGCUGCCCGGGCAUCGGAGUCCCCUGACCUCCCUUCCUCCAUUCUUGGUUAA